CCCUCCGCCCUCGCCGCUCGAGCACUGGACCCCUUUGCUAGCGCGGUGCAGGUUUUGUUCCUUUCUUCCCGGUUGCUCCUUCGCCAGACUUUACACCGACUCCGACGUUUUUCUUCUGCACUCCUGGUGCUCUCGCCCUACUUCUUCUCUAGCCUGGGAAGUUUCUUUCCCGGGCUCUGCACUCCUCUGUAUGCGUCAUUCCCAGCUGUUUCUGCCGCUUGGCUCCAAUACCUUAUCCUCAUUUCCUCCGUGGUCUCUCCCUAGCCUGAGCCCAACCCCCCUUCCUCUCAAGACCCAACCUGUCGUUCCCUUUUUUCCUCCCGUACUGUUCUUCCCUGGAACCCCUCCCUCUUUCCUGCGCUUCCAUGGCUCUGUUUCUUCCUUCCUCGGCACCCACAGUGUUUCUCUUUCUCUACCUCCAGCUGUAUGUCUGCCUAAAGCAAUGAGGAGAGCUUUUCCACAGGGGCUGUCCUAAUAGCGCCAAAUGCUGAAGGUGAUGUGGUUAGUGCCACCACUGUAACCAUGGCUUUGCCGUAUUGCGAAGGAGUGGCUGAAGAGACUUUGGAGGCCAUUGGCACCUCGUGCCCUCUCUGGACUGUGCUGUAUGACUAUGAAGCCACUGGAGAAGAUGAGCUGAGCUUGCGGCGGGGAGAAGUGGUCGAAGUUCUCUCUAAAGAUGCUGCUGUCUCUGGAGAUGAUGGCUGGUGGGCAGGCAAAAUACGCCACCGCCUUGGGAUCUUCCCAGCCAACUAUGUGACUUACCAGCCACGGCGUUAUCAGCAUCCCCAGCUGGGGUUCUUGGAGAAGUCUGGGCAUCAAGCCCAAAACCUAACAAUGGAUGAUGGACAUUCUGCAGGUGGUGAAGACCAGUUUGAUUCUCUAGCAGAGAUUGACUUCCAGUAUUUGGAACUACAAGAGAUCAUUGGAGUUGGGGGCUUUGGUAAAGUUUACAGAGCUAUGUGGAAGGGCCAGGAAGUGGCAGUGAAAGCAGCUCGGCAGGACCCAGAUGAGGACAUCAUGGCCACUGCAGAAAGCGUUCGACAAGAAGCAAAAUUGUUUUCCAUGUUGAAGCAUCCCAACAUCAUUGAGCUUCAUGGUGUAUGUUUGCAGGAGCCCAACCUUUGCCUGGUUAUGGAGUUUGCUAGGGGAGGACCCCUCAACAGAGCUUUGUCAGGGGUUUCCCCAACCACUAGCGGAAGCCAUUGGGGCCGGCGCAUACCCCCUCAUGUACUAGUCAAUUGGGCGGUACAGAUAGCUCGUGGGAUGCUUUACCUGCAUGAACAAGCCAUAGUUCCUAUCCUUCACAGAGACCUCAAGUCAAGCAACAUUCUGUUGCUUGAGAAGAUAGAGAAUGAUGAUAUUCAUAAUAAAACUCUGAAGAUUACAGACUUUGGCUUGGCUAGAGAGUGGCAUAGGACAACUAAAAUGAGUGCAGCUGGCACCUAUGCAUGGAUGGCUCCUGAAGUUAUCAAGUCUUCCAUGUUUUCUAAGGGAAGUGAUAUCUGGAGUUAUGGCGUAUUGCUGUGGGAACUGCUGACAGGAGAAGUUCCUUACCGUGGCAUUGAUGGUCUUGCUGUGGCUUAUGGUGUUGCUGUCAAUAAGCUUACUUUGCCCAUUCCAUCUACCUGCCCUGAACCAUUUGCUAAACUAAUGAAAGAAUGCUGGGCACAGGACCCUCAUAUCCGACCAUCAUUUGCCUUGAUUCUUGGGCAGCUUAUUGCCAUUGAGGGGGCUGUUAUAACUGAGAUGCCGCAGGAAUCUUUCCAUUCUAUGCAAGAUGACUGGAAGCUGGAAAUCCAACAGAUAUUCGAUGAACUUAGGACCAAAGAAAAAGAGCUGAGGUCACGAGAAGAAGAGUUAACCAGAGCUGCUCUUCACCAGAAGUCUCAAGAAGAAUUGCUGAAGCGGCGGGAGCAGCAGUUAGCAGAGCGCGAGAUUGAUGUAUUGGAGCGAGAACUGAAUAUUUUGAUAUUCCAGUUAAAUCAAGAGAAGCCCAAUGUGAAGAAAAGAAAGGGAAAGUUUAAAAAAAGCCGCUUAAAACUUAAAGAUGGACAUAGAAUCAGUCUGCCUUCAGAUUUCCAGCACAAGAUAACUGUGCAAGCUUCCCCAAAUUUGGAUAAGCGAAGAAGUUUAAAUAGUAACAGCUGUAGUCCACCAAGUAGCCCCCCAAUAAUUCCACGCCUUCGAGCUAUACAGUUAACCUCAGAUGAAAGCAACAGAACUUGGGGAAAAGGCACAGCUUGUCAUCAGGAAGAAUUUGAAGAACUAAAGAGAAGCUUUAAAAAGAAAGGCUGCACUUGGGGGCCAAGUUCAGUUCAAACAAAAGAGCGUGCAGAUUGUAAAGAAAGAAUAAGACCACUCUCAGAUGGCAGCAGUCCUUGGUCAACUCUUUUGAUGAAGAAUCAGAAAGGUGUUCCAUUAGCCUCUUUGUUCAUGGAGCAAGAGCAAAAGCUUUCCUCUGAAGGCCUGGAGGCUAUGCGGCCAAAACAAUUAAAAUUGCCAAAUCAGGCCUAUAUUGAUCUCCCUCUUUGGAAGGAUGAAAAAGGACUAAAUUCUGCAGAACAAGAGAGCUUUGAAGAAGGAAAUCUAGCAAGUUCUACAAAUAGCACUCCACAAAUGACCCCUACAAACAGUAUCAGUAGAACAUUGCAGAAAAAGAAAACUGACUCUGUGUUAUAUGGAUGUGCAGUCCUCCUUGCAUCUGUAGCUCUGGGCUUGGAUAUUAGAGAGCUGAACAGGUUGCAGGUUCCUCAGGAAGUGUUGCCUAAGGAAGAAAAGAAGAAGCGUGAUGGGCUAUUUCAACGAGCUACCAAGUUUCGUCGAAGUGCAAGCCCUGUAAGGUUGCAGUCCCGAAAAGAAGAGAUUCAUGUUCCUUCAGUAUGCCCAUCUGCAAGCACAGUGAAUCUUCUGUCUCUCUCUUCUGUUUCCACUAAGUGCCUUCUCCAGUCUGACAGUGAAGAUAUUGCUACAAGGACAGUGCCCAGCGGCAGAGAUGGUCCUGUUAAAUGUUUGGUGGCUGAAAGCCCUGUACAUAGAAAAGAACAAGUUGCUAAAGUUGUUCCUGCCAUUGAUUCUAACUUGCCAUGCCCCAAUUUUCCUUUGAAACAAGAAACCCAAUGUCCAGCAAAUGUCUCUUCCUCUAAAGUAAGAGUUUUGGGUCAUAGAAGGACUGUAUCAGAUGGAAAUCCAUGUCAUGCUGCAAGUAAUGGUGCCUCUGAGGUUCUGCUUGCUCCAGCACUCCUACAAAGUAACUUUUCCAGCGAUGUAUCUCCUGAAAAGCAAGGAACUGUCAAUAUUAUACCAAGACCUCGACCUUCUUCUUUAAGAAGCAGGCUAGAUCCUUGGCAGGCUAUUUCACAAAGUGUGAAGUCAAGCCCUUUUGAGAUGGAUUGUUUAGAGGGUGAUAGAGGUUCCAUGGUUAACUCUUUAACAAAUACUGAGGAGAGAACUAAAUGCCACAUGCCUUCAUUACUUGAUAUUGAUGUUGAAGGUCAGAACAGUGAUUGUACAGUGCCUUUGUGCAGAAUGAAGAGUAAGUCAUGUCGACCAUCAAUAUAUGAACUGGAGAAAGAAUUUUUGUCUUAAGUGCCUUGGAUUUUUAAAAUGCGGUUUUAAACAAAGAAAAAUUUAAACUUCUUUUUGGUUCCCUAUGGCAACCUUAUGCUGCUUUUUCUUAAAUUUGAUAAUCAAUAUAACUGACGGUAUACAAAACCAACUAAAACACUGAAUGUAAAAAGAAUAUAGAGAGGAUGGGAUAAUAGUUGCUUUGCAACCCUCUCUGUGGUAAUUGACAGUAUUCUGAAUGAAUAUAUACAUGUCAGACUCUAUGUUUGUCACUGUUUGAAUUUAUCUUUCUCUUCCGUGUCAAAUACUUUUUGUAUUCCAGUGUUGGUCAGCUAUAUCUUAAAACUCCAUUGCAGUCUAAAUUGGUAUCUUCCUUGCAGAUGAGUUGCAGAAAAAGCACUGCUAAGAAGUGUGGCUUUAGGGUUUCUUAAAAGACACUGAAAGUGUGUGAUCUCAUCUUUACAACAGAACUAACACUGAUUACGUUUGGAAACCUCAGUCUCUGAUUUUCCGCUCAUGGUUUUAUUCCAACUGUGUGGUUUUAAGGCAUAGUAAGAAUAGAUACUUUGAUUUCAACAAAGGCAGAAAGUUACCAAGUAAUUUCUUAUAAUUCUUCAUAAGGUUACUUAGAAAUGUGCACAUUUGAGAUCACAUUUUUGAAAAUGAAGCUUACUUUGAUCAGGUAAUUGUCAGGCAUUAAUUUUGUUUAAAAGUAUUUUAAGAUCUUUAAUAAGAGAACAUACAUGGAUAAAGAUACACCAGAGAUUUGCACUGAUGGGCAUACACUCUGGAUCACUUUUAUUAGUGUUCAUUUGAUCACAAUUCCUAAAACCAGCACGUGACUGUAUAUUUUUUUAGUAAGAUGGUAGGGAGAAAAUUGAAACAAAGGGCAUUUUUUUCAAAUUAUUCACUGAGCUUAAUGUCUAGCACAUUUGUAAAUGCUGUUAGAGAACCUUAGUUAUUUAAAAAGAUACAAUGAUUGUUUUUGUUUCAAUGCACCAGUCAUCAUUAUUUGAAUUUCCUUGUCAGUAUAUAGUCUUAAAAGCUAAAGCCUUAUAAACAUGGCUUAUUACUCAGUGUCAAUGAGUGCACAGCUAUUUAAUUGUAAAAAUUACAUUUUGACAAAGGUGCAUUUGAAAUUGAUUGAGCAGUGCCUGUGUUGGCCAGUUAUAAUAUUACAGUAUUCAUUUUCGAUGAAUCCUUGAAGGCAUGUUAAGAUACCAUUAUUAAAAUGUAAAGCUAGUGGGUUUUCUGAAGUUGUGGCUCUUCUGAAUUGAACAUUUUUCAACAAUUGCCAUUUUGAUAGAUUUCCAUAUGCUCUAGAAAUGAAAUUGUCCAUGAAUGAAUCUUUAAUUUUCUACCUGUAUCUGUCUUCCUUUUAAAGGAUAUUAUUUUGAAAUGUGUUGGGCCAGGAUCCAAACAACCCAGUACAAAGUAGAAAGCUUUGGGAAGGGUGAGGGUAUGCCAGUUUUGGUUUCUAAUGAUAGUUGUUUGCACUGCAUUGAAUCGAGAGGAUUCCCCGAACCCUUAGGAUUAGCUUGUCAGAGAGCAUGAAGGCUUGUAGUAGGAAGAUGACCAUAGAACUUCUCUGUUGCAUGGUAAAUGGAUAUAACCCUCUGGAUUCCACCCUCUGUUUAUGUUAUUAAUAAAAAGUUAGGUUAUGCAUUGUUAAAUAUCUAUCGUGAACUCUUGCAUAUGAGUAAGGUAAAGGCAAAAGUAGUCCCCUGUGCAAGCACCGAGUCAUUACUGACCCAUGGGGGGAUGCCACAUCAUGACUUUUUCUUGGCAGACUUUUUACAGGGUGGUUUGCCAUUGCCUUCCCUAGUCAUCUACACUUUACCUCCAGGAAGCUGGGUACUGAUUUUACCGACCUCAGAAGGAUGGAAGGCUGAGUCAACCUUGUGCAUAUGAGUACCAUAUACUGAAAACAAUAGAUUGCAUUCUAUGUUUGGUUAAGAUUCAUGACAAAAGUCUUGUUAAUUCUAAUGGACUUCAGUAGCACAAUGUUCUCCUGAAGGGCAGCCUUCUCUGUUUGUAAUUUGUACAUGAGGUGAAUAACCUCUCUGCAAAAGCAGUUAAGAAUGGCAGGACUGUAAUCUGGAGAGUCGGGUUUGAUUCCCCACACUUCCACGUGAAGCUAGCUUGGGUGACUUUGGGUCAGUCACAGUUCUCUCAGAACUCUCUCAGCCCCAUACACCUCACAGGGUGAUUGUCAUGCGAAUAAUAAUAACAGACAUUGUAAACCAUUCUGAGUGUUGCAUUAAGUUGUCCUGAAGGGCAGAAUAUAAGUUGAAUGCUAUUAUUAUAAAAGAAGAUGAGAAAUUAUGAACAUUACUUUGAUUUUAAAGUAGUAUGCCUACACAUUUUUUUAAAAGCCACACUGAUGUCUAGUUGUAACUUGUGUGGUCUUUGUACAAUAGUUGGAUUAAGUUAUUUUUUUAAUUCAUGUCUUCUCCUCAACACUUUGUAUAAGCUUUUUAAAAGUUUCCUUUUUAUGUAAAGUGUUUUACAAUACUUUAAAAUGUCGUCCCUUUAAAUCAUUUGCAAUCUGAUUGAUGUUUAGAGCCUUAUCAUUUGAAAACUUGAAUGGUUGGUUUGUUACAUGAAAGGUAGGCACACUGGUGCAUAGGAAA